AUAUUUUAACCGUAAUCAAAAUAGAGAGUGACUGUGAGAAUGAAGAUCAGAGAAGAUAGAGAAGUGAGAUUAUAGGAGAGAGAAAGCAGACACCUCAGCACCAAUUGAGAUCGCUCAAUUUCAGUGUAGAUAAGAAUCAGAUAAGGGCGAGGCCCCCUCCACCGUCAGAUCGAUCCACUCCCCCAAUCCAACGCCCCCAAUUCGCCUCCUCUCCAAAAAAUCUCGAUCUCGAUCAUCAAACAUUCAAACCCUCGUCCCUAUAUCUCAACCGCAAAAUCACCACAUCUCCCAACUCCCACAACUUCCAACCUCCAUACCAUGGCCGCCACCGCCGCCGCCGCCUCCUCCUUCAUCGGCACCCGCCUCGCCGACGUCCACCCGGGCUCGGGCCGCGUCCAGGCCCGCUUCGGAUUCGGCUCCAAGAAGGCCGCGCCCAAGAAAGCUGCCAAGAACUUCACCACCGACCGCCCCCUGUGGUUUCCCGGCGCCAAGGCGCCGGAAUAUCUCGACGGCUCCCUCGUGGGCGACUACGGCUUCGACCCGUUCGGGCUCGGGAAGCCCGCCGAGUACCUGCAGUUCGACCUGGACUCGCUGGAUCAGAACCUCGCCAAGAACUUGGCCGGAGACAUCAUCGGCACCAGAACUGAGGUCGACGACGUCAAGUCGACGCCGUUUCAGCCCUACAGCGAGGUUUUCGGCCUCCAGAGGUUCCGGGAAUGCGAGCUCAUCCACGGCAGGUGGGCCAUGCUCGCCACCCUCGGCGCCCUCACCGUCGAGUGGCUCACCGGCGUCACCUGGCAGGAUGCCGGCAAAGUGGAACUGGUGGAGGGAUCGACGUACUUAGGGCAGCCACUGCCCUUCACAAUAACCACAUUGAUUUGGAUCGAGGUGCUUGUGAUCGGGUACAUCGAGUUCCAGAGAAAUGCGGAGCUCGACCCGGAGAAGAGGUUGUAUCCGGGCGGGUCCUACUUCGACCCGUUGGGGCUGGCGGCCGACCCGGAGAAGAAGGAGACGCUCCAGCUGGCCGAGAUCAAGCACGCCCGCCUCGCCAUGGUGGGCUUCCUGGGCUUCGCCGUCCAGGCCGCCGCCACCGGAAAAGGACCGCUCAACAACUGGGUCACCCAUUUGAGCGACCCGCUCCACACCACCAUUUUGGACACCUUCGGCUUUUUCUCCUGACCGGUUUCUAAUUAUUAAUCUUUAUAUUUUGUUGAGAACAUAGUAAAUUAAUUUGCAUGCUAUAUGUAAAAUGAAUUUAUGGGUGUUCUCAUGUAAAAAAAUGUGAUAUUAUCUCUUUUAUUUGGUUACAUGGACAUGAUGUUGUUAACCAACGUUGUGAAAUGUGUUAAAAUGAUUAUCGAAUUUCAUCA